AUGGCCGAGUUCCAAAUCAACAACGAGGAUCUGAACGGCCUCAAGGGCAAGGUGGUCAUCAUCACAGGCGGCUCCUCGGGCAUCGGCCAAGGAACCGUCCAGCUGCUCUCCUCGCUGGGAGCAUCUGUCAUCAAUGCCGAUGUUGCACCCCCUGCCGAGUCGGCAGACAAGGGCGUCACCUUUAUCAAGACCGACGUCUCGAAGUGGGCAGACCUGGUCGCACUUUUCAAGAAGACCAAGGAGAUCCACGGGCGUAUCGACCAUGUCUUCGCCAACGCAGGUCUCGGGCCCCGUGCGGACUACUUCUCCACCGAAGUGGAUGAGAACGGCGACCUAAAGGAGCCGACGUACGACCUCCUGGAUGUCAGCCUCAAGGGGGUCAUGAACACGACCACCCUGGCCAUCUACCACUUCCGCCAGCAGCCCGAGGGCGGCAGCGUCGUGGUCAACGGCUCCGUGAUGGGCAUCCAGCGCUGUCGGGCAGCCGACUAUGCCACGGCCAAGGCCGCCGUGCACGGUUUCGCAAGGGGCCUCCACCCCAUCAUCGCCGCGUACAAGCUCCCGAUCCGCAUCAACGCGGUGGCGCCGACCUGGACCAACAGCAGCGUGCUCCCCGGCCUCGAGGACAUCAUGGCCAAGAUCGGCGUCGAGCUGCAGCCCGCCUCGGCCGUCGCGCGCGCGGCCGCCCUGCUCAUGGCCGACGGGGCCCGCCACGGCCAGUCGAUCCACGUCCAGUGCGGCAAGUUCAAGGAGAUUGACGAGGCGGUCAUCCUGCCCGUCGCCGAGGCCAUCAGGGGGCCCGACUACCCCAGCGAGGACUGGGUGCUGGCGCGUGCCAUGGAGGUCCUGGCUGAGGGAGCCGCGAAGCAACAGGCCUGA